GAAGUACAAUCUCUAAUGGCAAUAAAGCCAAAAUAAGAUAAAUUGGAGCAAGAGUUAUUGAAAUUAUCAAACUACUAGUGCAACUUUGGCAUCAAGCUCAAAUACUAUAAGAAACUAUUUGGUUAGUCCAAUAAGCUAGCUUAUAGCUCAUUGAACUAGUUUAUAAGUUUGUUUGAAAAAAAUGUGAAGUGUUUGGUAACGAGCUUCUCUAACUAGCUUAUAGCGUUUUUUAAGAUGUUAUUUUAAGUAGCAUAUGAGCUUAUAACUUAUAGCUUUUUUAUUUUAUUCCUUAUUUACCCUCAUUAAUUUUAUUUAUUUUUUAAAAAUUAUAAUAACUACCCAUUAACACUUACAAAAAAAAAAAACUACCACUAACCAUGGAUUUUUAUGUCAUUUUGUACUUAUAACAACUAAAUUUGCCAAACACUUUAAUUUUAUUCUAUUAGCUUUUCAACUAUAAGCUAGCUUAUCAGUUAUCAGCUAACUUAUAACUUAUUUUUACCAAACCGAGCUUAAAUAUAAUGUUGUCAAGUUUUAAUUCUGUAACUCACUUUAUUGUUUGCAACAAACCAUAAGCUUCACCCUUGUUUACUAACAACAAUGAAGUAGGAUAUGUCAAAAAAUAGUCUCUUACUUUUUAGCACGCUUAAAGCCCGGGGUGAAAAGAACUACAAGAAAACUCUCCUAGGGGGUAAUAGUCCCCUUCUCAUCUGCAACCAAAGAGGUGCUUAAAUUCGUAUGGACAAUCCUCAAAUAAACAGCACUCAUCAUGCACAGAGUAAAUGGCUAGUGCAUCCGCCAGUUGAUAUAGCUUCACGGUAAGAGUGUUUAACUUCCACUUCCCAAUCAAAUUCCAACAUUUGACAAAUCCUUUCAACAAGCGCCCUUCCACAGAUUUUGCUAAUUUCGUUGACAACUCCUAUAGAAUCCAAUCUUACCUCCACUCUAGAAAAAUUCAUCCGUCUCGCCAGCUUAAGGCCUUCAAUCACACCCCAUAACUCUGCUAUAUAUGCAUCCCCUAUCCCAAUAAGUUUAGAGAAACCUAUUAGCCAUUCUCCAUCACUAUCUCUAAUGACACCUCCACAUCCAAUGAUUCCAUCUCUACAAGCUCCAUUAAUAUUCAAGCACACCCAUCCUACACUAGGUAGGUGGUUUCCAUCCAACUUGGAUUAUUGUUUGCUGAAGCUGGUUCCCUUUCUGAAUCACUCCAUCUGCCAUCAUGUAGCUAUCAAUGCUUUGCCUAACAAACUGAGUUUGAUUGAUGGGGCGUAUGAAGUUUUCUUCUUGUUUCUCCUUGUUCCUCCAAUUCCAAGCAAGAUGACAUGCCAUUGCCCAAAAACUACUCCAUUCACCAUGUAAAUUCUUGUCCAUGGUACUUAAUAUAUUAAUAGCAAUCCAUUCCUUUAGAUCACUUGUAAAAAACUGGUGCCAUAAAGAAACAUCCACUGCACUAAUCCAUUCUCCUUGUUUCCGUGCAGUCUCUGCAAUAAUCACACUGAUCCGAUCCCAAGCCCAUUCGAUGCUUCCGCUCAUUUGUCAGUAAUCUGCCAUGUUUAACAAUCCAGACAAAAGGUCUAACUCGCUCAGGGACCUUCAAACGCAGACAUGCUGCCAAACUACAUCUGUCUCGUCUGUAUCAAACUCACACAAGGCAUGAUACAUCUCAGAUAUUGAAUAUAUUCCCAUAGCAUUUUCUUUACAGACCUGCACAUUCACACCAUUGCUAUCAUCACUCAUCAGGAGGUAAUAGUGCUGCAAUUUUUUCCUUAAUAUCCGUUGGUACGCAUGUAGCAAGCAGAUUCCAAUUCCACACUUCAUUAUUCACCAUAUUUUUCAAUUUCACAUUCCUUAACUGGUCUGGAAUUUGAAGGUUAGAGUCGACUAAUCUCAACCCCUCCUUGAUAGGAAAUGUAUUUUUCUGUAUAAUAUUUGUGUGUCACAUGAGCUGUACAUAAUAAGAAAAUGUAAUCACUACUAUAAAUACAAUUCAAUACUAAUUGAUCAUAAUGGAUUCUUAACACUUUUAAUAUGAGCGACUUUAAUUGUUCCAUAGUAUUAUAGUAUAGGCCCAAAACUAGUAUCCAUAAGAUUUUUUAUUUUAAAAAUGCCGUAAGAGAUCAAUGGGCUAAAACAUGCAUCAGUCCAAUAAAAGAAUGAUUGAUAAUUAUUUAAACGGGCUGUAUAUGACUGGUAUGUCAAAAUAGUGUCUUUCUUUUUCCCUAAGUCUCUCGCGCUCCCUCUGAUUUCGUUAUACAUAUUAAUAUAUUAUGCUCGAGUUAUACAACUCGAAGUGGUGGUUUUAGUUGUCCGAGUUAUAGAAUCCGAAUUGAGUCGUUGGUCAAGGAAUCUUGGCCCUUGGACGAUGGUCUUUUCUGAUUAACUUUUGCAGAGAUGUUGUCUCUUGUCUGCUGAAUCAAUUGUCUUGCUCUCGUCGAUAAAUAUCACCCUUCAUUCUUACUUUGCAUCAUUCAUCCUCGUCUUCUCUCUUCUCUCAACUAUCACCUCUCUUCUCGUAACUAUCUUCUUGUUGGUUCUAUUCAAAAGUUUGUGGGUAAAUUGUUGUAUAAUCUGUUGUUAAUUAGUCAUAACAUUCAUAUCAUUGUUCUCUGAUGAUGAUUGAGAACAUUAUGUUAAUCAACGAGAGUCUGUUGGGUCAUGAUAAUUGAGAACGUAAUGAUUGAUCAAACAAAAACUCCUGAGUUGCUUUCAAACUACAACACAAAUGAAGUCUUCUCUGUGGUGGGUGAUCAUUUUCUCUCAUAUGCAUCCAAAAAUGGAGAGUUGGACCGUCCAUCUUGUAUUCCUAUAAGUUGUGGUGCCAAUGGCAGAUCCAGUCAAUUCCUAUUCUGACACAAUUUUAUAUAAUUUUUUUGUAGCGAAAAAGCCUCAAAGUUUUUUUUUUUGUCAUUCUUUACGGUCCUAUCAACAAGUCCAUACCAAAAAAAGAAGCCUUUCAUGAAGUUUCAAAUUUUCAACAGAUAAUUUUUCUCUUAUAUUUGAUGAAGUUUAUUAUUAGUAAUGUCUAGAUCAUUACAGUUGACUUUUUUAGAUAAAUGAAAGUUAACAUCUUACUCCAUCUCUUGUUCAAAAAAACAUCUUACUCCAUCUUUCAUUUAAGUCACUCUAUAUUGUCAUCAAAGCAUAUCUUGGACAAGCAAAUCUGACUUUGUUUUUAAAGUAUUUUAAACUGUAUACAAUUUGUACUUGAGCUUUCUAUGGCACUACUUGUGCAUAGUUUUUUCUUAUUAAUAUUAUUUUUGCAGUAUUCAAAAACACUGUAUAAAACUGUAUAUAAAGGAUAUACAAAAAUAACAUUGCAACCACUCUCUCUACUCUAAUCAAAAUGAUUCACAUUUCAAAUGGUGUUUUUCUAGCUUCUGUUUUCCUUUUCAACAUCAUAAACAUCCCUUUUCUCAUAACAAAUGCUCAAUCGUCGUGCAACGGACCAUGCAACACCCUUGAUGAUUGUUCUGGUCAACUCAUUUGCAUCAACGACAAAUGUGAUGAUGAUCCCGAUGUUGGGACCCACAUUUGCACCAAUCCACCACCGCCACCACCAAGUGGCGGCGGUGACUGCAAAUCUUCUGGAACCUUAAAAUGCAAAGGAAAAUCACACCCUCAAUUCAAGUGUUCUCCACCAAUUUCAUCCUCCACACAAGCAUUACUCACGUUGAACGACUUCAGUGAAGGCGGAGACGGAGGAAGUGCGUCUGAGUGCGACGAACAAUUCCAUAAAAACUCGGAAAGAGUGGUGGCUUUGUCCACUGGGUGGUACAACAAAGGGUCAAGAUGUGGAAAAAUUAUUAGAAUCAUGGCGAGGAACGGGAAGAGCGUGACGGCUAAAGUGGUGGACGAGUGUGAUUCGAUUAAUGGGUGUGAUGCCGAGCAUGCAGGUCAACCACCUUGUCGUAACAAUAUUGUGGAUGGAUCUGUAGCUGUGUGGAAUGCAUUAGGGUUGGAUACAGACGUGGGUGUAGAGAAAAUUACUUGGUCUAUGGUUGGAUCAAAUGAAGCUUAUGCAAUAUUUAAUGUCUAAUAUGAGCAAGCUAAUUAAGUUUAAUAAAGUUAAAUUAAGCUUGCUUAUGUUGUUUCUUCUAUUGUAAGUGCAAUAUAGAUUAUGGAUAUAUGGUCACUACUUGUGACCAUUCAAUUACGGUGGAUUGAAUUAAGUUCUCCUCUUAAAAAUUAUUUUAGAAUUAAGUUCUCUU